AUGUAUGUCCAGUGGAGCCCACCUUCCCUGGGUCGGUCAGGGAGAAGCCAAGCAGAGUCAUCUGGCCAGGGGAAGCCCACCUUCCCCGGGUCAGUCAGGGAGAAGCCAAGCAGAGUCAUCUGGCCAGGGGAAGCCCACCUUCCCUGGGUCAGUCAGGGAGAAGCCAAGCAGAGUCAUCUGGCCAGGGGAAGCCCACCUUCCCUGGGUCGGUCAGGGAGAAGCCAAGCAGAGUCAUCUGGCCAGGGGAAGCCCACCUUCCCCGGGUCAGUCAGGGAGAAGCCAAGCAGAGUCAUCUGGCCAGGGGAAGCCCACCUUCCCCGGGUCAGUCAGGGAGAAGCCAAGCAGAGUCAUCUGGCCAGGGGAAGCCCACCUUCCCUGGGUCGGUCAGGGAGAAGCCAAGCAGAGUCAUCUGGCCAGGGGAAGCCCACCUUCCCUGGGUCGGUCAGGGAGAAGCCAAGCAGAGUCAUCUGGCCAGGUGAAGCCCACCUUCCCCGGGUCAGUCAGGGAGAAGCCAAGCAGAGUCAUCUGGCCAGGGGAAGCCCACCUUCCCUGGGUCGGUCAGGGAGAAGCCAAGCAGAGUCAUCUGGCCAGUCUCUCCACCGCUCCCCUAAUAUCAGCAAGAGAUGGAUCCCCACGAGUCCCGGAGAGCCCUCUAGCCCUCCAGCCCUCCAGCCCUCCAGCCCUCUAACCCUCCAGCCCACCCCUCCAAUCCUCCAGCCCUCCAACCCUCCAGCCCUACAGCCCUCCAACCCUUCAGCCCUCCAACCCUCCAGCCCUCCAACCCUCCAGCCCUCCAACCCUCCAACCCUGCAGCCCUCCAACCCUCCAGCCCUCCAGUCCUCCAACCCUCAAGCCCUCUAA